AGUUUCCAAAACAUUUGGGUGGUUUGUGAAACUUGUUUUUUAAUACUUAAAUAUAAGGUGGAGAAAUGGCGGUGUGUGGAUAACUGCCGACGACGACCGUUAUAACAGGAAGAAAAUGGCGGGAGUGACUUCCCAGAUAUUUAUCAGCUCAUCUUCGACCCUCAAGAGGGUUGGUCGUCGGUCGACGAGAUGCUUCUCUGGAUCGCCGGAGAAGAAAACUCCGGCUAUCUUGAAGUGGGCGGUUGGAGGAGUCACUGAAGUGCUCCGGCUGUUCUCAGUCGCUUCGUCUCCUUCUACCACCCUUCGUAUAAAUGAGGAUAAAUCAGAUUAUGAGGAAAAUGCUCGAGAUAUUGAUGAUGUGAUGGAGGUUUUGAGAUCAGACUAUGGAAAUGCCUAUUUCGUCACAGGAAUCUUCACUACUGCAAUUUACUCUGAUGAUUGCAUCUUCGAGGAUCCGACGAUCAGCUUCCAGGGUACAGAGUUGUAUGAACGCAACUUGAGAUUACUGGUUCCGUUCCUUGAAGAUGCAUCCAUUGAACUUCAAAAUAUGGACAAGAGUGAGUUGUCCCAAGGAAACUAUAUACGGGCGACGUGGAAGCUAAGAACUUACCUGAAACUUCCAUGGAGACCAUUGAUAUCGAUCGACGGAAGUACGGUCUAUGAACUUGAUAGAGACUUCAAAAUUGUGAGGCAUGUUGAGAGCUGGAGUGUCUCUGCGGUUGAAGCAAUCAGGCAGAUAUUCACCUUCAACUCUUUCACCUCUCGGAGCUGAGAAUCUAAAGCACUAGAGAUUCAUGUAUUUGGACAUGGUCAGAUAAUGACUACUAUCUCUUAUUAUAUUUGUAAAUGUAAAUUCACCAAAUUUUACAUCCAUUUAAAGUUGUGUGAUGCUAAAAUAUGUAGUUUGUGUUAUGUGUGCUACUAGAAUGUAUGUAGCUUCCAGUAAAAAAAGUCGAUAACUGAUUCCACAUUUUUGGAAGACAUGAUAUUUUCUGAUUUUCUGAAA